ACUUGUUUCAGUCUCGACUCUGUCUGCCUGCGAUGAGAAUGGCUUUAGCUUUUUGUCCGGCUCAAGACAACAUGCUUUGUGGUUUCUUUCUCCUCUUUUUUCUGUGUGCAGACACAGUAACACCCCAAGUAACUGAUGGGCUAUCUUUGUUAAAUACGUCUUCUUUCAUCACGUCUAACUACUCGAGCACAACAGAGGAAAUGCUGUCUACUUUGCGUGUGGUGGACGUACCUGACUACCCAGUGUCAGUGGGUCAAACAGUCCACUUGUCCUGCAGCGCUCUCUCUAAACCAGCCUCUGUAACUUGGACCUGGCAACACCUGGAAAAUCAAAUCUGGCAGGAGGUGGGCAGUGGAAAAGACCUGACACUCAGCGAACCACGGCAGAGCGGACUUUACCGCUGCCGUGCCAGGACGGAUACACAGCCAUGGAGAGAGAGCCUGAACCACACAGUAUACAUCAUCUCCAGGAAUCUAACCGUUGGUGAGAGUUUAGGAAUAGCUGCCUUUGCUCUCACACUACUGGCCUUGAUCAUCAACCUUGCCGUUCUUUCUUGGAUGGGAUGGAAAAGGUUUGGUGACAAGCUGAGUCCCUCUAUCACCGCAGCUAAAGUUUCUCCUGCACCUGGAAAGUCACCAAAGAUAGAUUUGCAACAGGCCGAGAGUGAGGGAGAUGUAUACAUGAAUUACACAAGCACCAACCAAGCCUACAGUGAUCUGGACCCCGUCACUAUGACUGAUGACAGUGUGUACUCCAGUCUGUCAUAAAUGACCAGGGGAGUGUGCAGACCUCGUGCAAUAAAAAGAGGACAAAUGACAGAGAUAGGAAGUUAAUGGAUUGUAAGAUUGUAAGAAGCAUUACCUUUCACCUCAUAUGUGGGAUUACUUUUUUUUUUAAAGUGCUUUGAUAAAAUGAAUUAUUUUGAAAAUGGUUCAACCAACAGAUAUGUUUUAGCCUGAUAAAAAUGUCCCACCUAAACAGUAAUAAAUUCUUCUUUCUCUGUUUGGUUUAUGUGAAUAAAACCUGUUGUUCAAUCUGUAGUUCUGUCAAAGA